CGGGACCCGUGUUGGUGGUGAGCCGCCGCGGAGCUGUUGUGGGAGUGUCGCACGCACGCGAGGAUAGUUUGCCCUGGAUUUUUCAAUCAUUUGCGAGAUAAGGCUCCCGGACCUCCUCCUCCUCGUCGUCGUCAACGCUGCCUUCCCUUCCUCAUCCUCCCGGUUUUUUCUUCCUCUCUUACCUCCGUGAUUUUGCCGCAGUCCGCACGCGGGGUAGAAGCUCGCGCUCACCGCGAGAGGACUGAACGCAGCGCGCGAGGCCCCCCGGCCCCUCCCCCACUCUCAAACCCACUUCAGAUCAUCUCCUCACCUCCCUUCUCAUUUUUUCCCUUCAUUUUCUUAAUAUUUUUCCUCAGAGGGGGAGGACUUGGGGGACUAUUUCAUUUUUACCAGCCUUCUUCCCAGCGGCCACCCGAGCCAAGUGAUAUUUUUGUGUUUUUUUCUCGUUUCUGAAGCCCCGACGAGGCCGGGCUGUGUACAGUAAAGCAGUGGGGAUGACUUUAGAGUCGAUGAUGGCCUGCUGCCUGAGCGAAGAGGCCAAGGAGUCGAAACGAAUCAACGCCGAAAUCGAUAAGCAACUGCGUCGGGACAAACGCGACGCGAGACGGGAGUUGAAGCUGCUCCUGCUCGGUACGGGUGAGAGCGGCAAGAGUACGUUCAUCAAACAGAUGCGUAUCAUCCAUGGCACCGGAUACACAGACGAGGACAAACGCGGAUUCACCAAACUGGUGUACCAGAACAUCUUCACCUCCAUGCAGUCCAUGAUCCGCGCCACUGAAAACCUGAAAAUCGGCUUCAAGUAUGAGCAGAACAAGGCAAACGCCAUGCUGGUGAAGGAGGUGGACAUUGAGAAGGUGUCGUCAUUCGACCAGCCCUACAUUAGUGCCAUUAAGAUGCUGUGGACAGAUCCAGGCAUUCAAGAGGCCUACGACAGACGCCGAGAGUACCAGCUAUCAGACUCCACGAAAUACUAUCUAUCUGAUCUGGAUCGUAUCGCCGUGCCCUCCUACCUUCCCACCCAGCAGGAUGUUCUGAGGGUUCGAAUCCCGACUACUGGGAUUAUUGAAUACCCGUUCGACCUUCAGAGCAUCAUUUUCAGGAUGGUUGAUGUGGGGGGUCAGAGGUCAGAGCGCAGGAAGUGGAUCCACUGUUUUGAGAAUGUGACGUCCAUCAUGUUCCUGGUGGCACUGAGCGAGUACGAUCAGGUUCUGGUCGAAUCGGACAACGAGAAUCGUAUGGAGGAGAGCAAGGCUCUAUUCAGGACGAUAAUCACAUAUCCAUGGUUCCAAAACUCUUCUGUCAUCCUCUUCCUAAACAAGAAGGACCUGCUGGAGGAGAAGAUCUCCUACUCCCACCUGGUCGACUAUUUCCCAGAGUUCGAUGGGCCCCAAAGGGAUGCCCAGGCUGCACGGGAGUUCAUCCUGAAGAUGUUUGUGGAUCUGAACCCCGACAGCGACAAGAUCAUCUACUCGCAUUUCACCUGCGCCACCGACACGGAGAACAUCCGCUUUGUGUUCGCGGCGGUGAAAGACACAAUCCUGCAGCUAAACCUGAAGGAAUACAACCUGGUGUGAGACGUGUGACGAGUCCGACACAUGAAUCAGCAUAAAACAGGCACCCACAGAGCGUGCGCACACCUACGUCCACACACCACACACACACACACACACACACACACACACACACACACAUGCAUCAUGUACACUUUCAGAAACACACGGUUCUUUUGAUUUCUCUUUACUAGCUUCCAGAGUUUUUCUCUUUCUGUCCAGCAGAAUCAUAACGGACAUGUCCUGCUCAUCGUUUGUUUUUUAUUUGUUUGCGAAAGUCUGUCCGCUCAUCCCUGGCAGCUCUCGUCAAAGGCCUCUUUCCCUUUUAUCAAAUUUGACCACAAAAAAAAAAAGAAAGAAAAAAAAGUGGCUCGGAUUUGACAAAGGGCAUUAGACUCCUACUAGCCACUUCAGCGUUCACAUAUUUCAUGGAAAUGUUGGAUUGGCGGAGCUACGAUGAGAAUGACCUGUGAUACGCUGGCCUGAAAAACUGGAAGUGACGUUCCUUCUCCUGUCCUGUACUAUCACUCGCUUCAAUCACGUCAUCUGCUCUGAGCGGUUCUCUGGAAUUCCGCCUGGAUGAAUGGAAAAAUUUGGUUUUCACAGCCCUGCAAAAAGACAAAAAAUAAAACAACAAAAAAAAAUCACAACAUAUUUACAUACUUGUACAUGGACACAUGGACUAGUGCUGUGGUGCCGGAAGUUCCGAAAUGGAUUCUGGCGGAUUCUAGAAUCCAGUGGGUUCCAGCGGGUUCCACUGAUGGUGUGGAGAACCUUUCACUCGCAGAGAUGAUUCUCUCGACGAGGCUAGUCUUCAACUCGCAUCGAUGAAUGUAAACUUCAUGUGAGAGCAUUGUAAAUGCAAAAAAAAACAAACAACAGCAACAAAAAAAAAUGGGGGAAAAAUUAUAAUGAACGAAAAUAGUGUAAGAAUGCCUAUAUAAGCAAAACGAUACAGAGCACGCGAUGAAGAGAUGAAACUAAUUAAAUCUGUGUAUAUUGCUGAGAUGAUCAUUUUAAAAACUUUUUAAUGAUAAGUAACUAUAGCUACUUCUACUGCUACCGAAUAUAAAGUAAAUUAUGACGGCAGUCGAAUUAAUGGUGGGUAAGAGACAACGUUAAGGAUUUUUAAAUGUGUGCAAAACAGGAUUAUACAUUUACGAUAGGUAUUGUUCCGCAGAUUUCCACAUUUAACGUUGACCGUUCCCUCACAGUUGUUAUGUUUUAUCCUCCUUCCUGGUUUCGUUUUAAUUUCACCAUCUAAAAAGUAGUUUCGGAGUGCGCAGUUAUCUUUUUCCGCUCACGAACAGAUACUUUAUUAAUUCACAAUCCAGGCUGCAGACUCGCGGGUAUCGUCGUCAUCUAGCAGCACGGAUGCACACAAUCCAUUAUUUGUUUACGCAGGUUUUUUUUAUUGUCAUAACGUAACUUUUUCGGUCGACAAUUUCAAGAAUUUCGCGCGAGUUCCGGUGGGAUCGCGGGAGGACGAGGUUGGGAAACAGGAAAGCAUUUAUGCGCUGAAGUUAAUUGAUUGUGUAUAUUUAUAUUUGUAAAUACGUAUACACAUUAUUGCUUAUGUACAAAACGUCUGUGGUACACUAUCUUUGGCAACAAAAAAAAAGAAGAAAAAAAUCACUUUUUCGUAAUUGUGUACAGUUCUGUUGGUUUUCUUAUGAAUUACAAUAUUAUUGAUACUGUGAUUCUUCGUUUUAAUUUUUGAUUUUUCUUUUUUGGUCACUAUGAAUACGUCAAAUGAUAUACACAUAGCUGUACCUGACGGUAACGUGUGGAGGACGAACGUGAUGAGUAAUAGUCUGAGAAAGACUGACUGUUUGAAAGCGUUUGGAAACAUCAGAGAUGGAUAGGGAAACAGCCUCCUCUAUGGUGUGAAUGUUAUAUAAGAUAAAAAAUAAAAAUAUGAUUUUUUUAAGCAAAAUAAAAAAAUUAUUAAAUAAAGAACAUUUUAUUUAUAUAAUUUAUGGACCAGAUCUGAAGUUGAUCAUUUGAAUGCUAUUGUUUCCACUUUUCCUAUUUGAAGCACUCCCAUGUUAUGAGACAGAAAUAGGAGACUCUAGUGUCUGUACUGCUGUACUUAUUUUCUUUUUUCUUUUUUUUUUCUUCCCAAAAAUGCAAUAUAUUGUACUAUAAAUAUUUUUCCCUGACCACAGUUUUCACUUUCCUACAGAAUUUUUUUUAUUUGUUAAAUUUCCAAAUGAUGUUUAGGUGAAGUGCUUAAAAACAAACAUAGGAAAUGUACCAUAUUCAAAAAUAGACAGCUUUUUAUCUGUAAUUGAAGAUCUAUUUGGUCGACGCUUGCAAGUAGUGACUUUUUCUUUACAUUCUGAUUUCAUUUUCGAGUUCUUUAUAAAUUCACAGCUUGUUUCCGUAUGUGAUCCACAGAUAGAAAAAAAAGUGUUCUACGGUUCUUUUACAGUCGAUAUUUUAUACAGUCGAAAAUCAAUUCAUACAUUUCAUUUUCAUUCAAUUUCAUUCAUUUUCAUCAAGGGCUACGGAAAACACGCCACAUGAAAACCAGAAACGAUUGGUCACAGCUCAAUGUGUGAUUCGGUAGAGGGAGAAACGCGAUCACAAAUGCACCCAUUCCACCAAAUACUCAUGCAUUUUUCAUUAUAAUUUUUUUCACUUUUGCUGCCAUGCAUCUGAGUUCAUCACUUGCCACGGCCAUCGGGCGCUCCACUAGAGAAGCAAACUCCCAAACGCUUUCUUGAUGGAUAUAAAACCUGACGUGUUAUUUGUAAACUUAAUUCAGUGUUUAAGUGGGGUUUGGAAAUGCCACACCAUUUUGUAAAUCCUGCAGUGUUUUCUUAGAUGUCCGUAGUGAGUUAGAUUUGAAGAAACUGAUAAUACAAAGCACUAAAUCGUCUAAAACACCAUAAUUUAAACGUACGUCUUACUCUAAAGUGGACCUUAGUUUACUGCGACUGGUGAGUUUAUGUCUCUGCUCACUAGGAGAACGUGUUGCUUUGUUGUAUCUGGAGCAGCUUGAUUGUUCUUAAUGCACUUUUCGUUUUUUUUUGUUUAUUCGUGCCACAAGGCAAACGCUUCGAGCAGCAGGCCGACCGUUUCAACUACUCAUAUCUAUAAAUGUGCCAGUCCCAGAAGUCUCGUAUUCGACGUUCCCUCAAGAACCUCUACCUCUGUGAUCCAUGAGACGUUUUUCGGGCAUUUUAGGAUCGGUAGUCACGUGACAAGCACACUUCUUUAGUCCGUAAGGCACAGUCAGUGAGGUUUGGAGGCCAAACUUUGUAUAUUUAUUAGAUCUUGCCAACCUGCAUGUAUUUUGUUCGCCUUGUACGCUAAACACUGCAAACCAACACCUUUCUCAAGCCAAAAAAAAAUCUUCCUUAAAUAUCCGGCGAGUGGUACAUGGAAAAUAGCAUCUGUCCCGCUGCUGGCAAGAGAAUCGUAUGCCUGUGGCUUUGUUUCAGUUCAGCAGUGGACAAGUGAAUAGACUUAUCAGUUAUGAAGGCUUUGGCUGUUCUGGGUAACUGUUAGGAUAUAAUUUAGGCUAGAAAAUACCAUAUACAAAUGCAUAAAUGCUUGGCCAAAGCAUUGCAAACAUGUCUUGUUGAUACAAUCCUCAGUACUCAAGAAGGCACUAGAGUUUCCUUCAAAUAUCUGUGCCAUUAAACCAGAUGUUAUUAUUCCUGAAAAGGAAAAUUGGCUGUGGAAGUUGCAUUUGUGGCAGCUAAAUUUACUGUAUUCACUUUCCGGCUUGAAAAUGAUUCUUACGUAUUCCUAUCUUUCUCUAGUGUGCAUAAAAUAAGUCUCCAGGAGCAUAAAAUAAGGUCCCUUGCCUCUUGAGUUCUGUGUCUGCUUUAGUUCUCAUGAUGGUUGUGAUUCAGUUCAGUGACUCUUUGCAUUUGAUUGCUUGUAAAGACUCGCUCGGUAAGAUGCAAUGAACACAUAAGCUUGUUGACAUGGAGUCACAUUUCUACAGAUGACAGAGCGAGGCUAUUAUGUUAUUUCCAUGUGAAGCAUGUUUACUGGUACGGUUAGGUGCAUCUAUGUGGUGGACGGUCCAAUGGUUGACGUUUUGACCCAAUGAAGGAGUCAUUAAAAUGUGAUUUCUGCUUUUUAUCCCCUGUUCUUUAAUUGUAAUACAUUACCUGAAAGCUGUUAUGUCCAGGACCACUUGAUCAUGUACAUUUGACUUGGUUUUCUCUCUCAUUCUUUCUCUGCUUCUUUGUACCCGUUUAUUUUGUAAUUAUACCAAAUGUAAAUGUUGUAUAAUAUUGUGCGUGCCAAUGCCCUUCUCUGAGACUGACUCAUAACAAGUGCCAAUUGUUGUCCAAAUCACUUGCAGACUGUGAAA